UGGCUGAAUCGAAUCCUCAAAGUGCCCGAUAUCACAGUGGACAACUUCAUGGACCGCCUCGACAAUGGAGUCAUCGUCUGCAAGCUCGCCAAACUGAUUGAAAUGGAGUGCAAUCUGGUGCUGCCCAAUGGCUCACUGGCUGCAGCAGGGGCUGCCAAGACGGGCACUGCCGCCGCCCUCAAUGGAUCUCAAACGCCGCCUCGAACUGAGUCGCACACGACCACGCCGACGUGGAGUACACCGGGAAAAUCAAUACAGGAAAUUCCCAAGCACUUCUACGUCAGUGCGUCCCAUCGUGGCAAUCGAAUCAGCUCAGUGGACAGUGCCAGUGGGUCACCCUUUGCCGCCGGUGGCUCAGUGCCCUUUACCGCCGCCACAAUGAAGUGCUGGGAGAACGCCAAAUCGCGCACCUUCUUUGCCCGUGAUAAUGUCUCCAACUUUCUCAACUGGUGCCGACUGUUGGGCGUCCACGAUGCUGUCCUUUUUGAAACUGAAGAUCUCGUCUCUCAUGUAAACCAGCGCCAUGUGGUGCUCUGUCUACUGGAGGUGGCUCGCAUCGCCUGUACGCGACACUCCUUCAGCCCAGCACCCGGUUUGGUUGAGUUUGAGCAGGAAAUUGAUCGAGAGAUUGAACGAGAGCUUAAGCGGGAAGAGGAGAAGCAGAAGAUGAAAGAGCUGAAGGCCAAUAAAACGACUGCUGCUGAGGUGCUGCACCCCAAGAAACCAGCACACUUGAAGUCGAGUGAUCUGCAGCAGGCGACACCAAAGGAUGUCCUCCUUGCAGAGAGCCUCAGUGCAGGAAAGAUCGAUGAAGCGCUUCCGGAAGUGGACCAGGGUGUCCAGUUGGAGGACUUAGAGGAGGAAGACGAGGUGACCUUGCACAGUAGUCGGCCACUCAGCUCCAAUGCCGACGAAAUUGAUCGCGGCUCUUCGCUGAUGGACGAGGAGACUUCAGCCACUGAAUCGGAGGAGCAUCAGUGCAACAACACUGUCUCUUCGCCGGAAAUUCGGUCCCCCUCUCCUGCCAACUCCAUCAUCUCCUCAGCCAGCUCGACGUACCUGGAGCCGAACAUGGUGAGCUGCGGUGGCUCGAGCGUCAGCGAUGCCGCUUCUCACUCCUCCACUCCGACGCCAAUGACGUCUGAAUUGGAUCACAAGGUGAUGCUAAUUGCCAAAACUUACUACGGCAAGGAGGCCAGACAAGGUGUUCAGCGGCUGUCUGAAGGAAAGUACAAAAUUGCCAACCGAAUCGUGUUUGUUCGUCUCCUCAAAGCUCGCCACGUGAUGGUUCGAGUGGGCGGCGGGUGGACCACACUGAGCGACUUUCUCAUUCGCCAUGGCGGCGAUCCGGACCACCAGAUACUGCCCGAUGAGCUGCUGCCGCUGGACACCAAACCGAGCAGCUCCCAUCCCCGCCGGCGCAGCAGCAGCACACACACUCUAGUCAUUCCGGGGAACGUGCUGGGAGCCUCGUCCGCCUCGUCGCACUACCACUCGAAAACGCCCACACCCACCCCAGACCUGACUGCCCUUCACAACUCACGCGGCUCGGUGACGCCGACCACUGCCUCCUACCACCCUUCCAGUCGCUACAUCAACUCCACCCCGGUCAGUCGGCGAAGCAGCAUCUCCAGUCCCGAGCCGUCCAUUGGCUCCUCCACCAGUGGCUACUCCUCCAGCGGCAACUCAUCCUUCGCAAAGAAUGCCCAGGGGCACACUCCGAAUGCGGACACGAAGAUUCCCGUCCUCCGUCGUCGUCAACGGCUGCCGUCGCUGCAGCUCAACCACGAUCCAUUUCGAUACCGCUCCAACAGUAGCCUCAGCAUCUCCUCGCUGCCUCGCUCAACGAGCACCAUUCUCAGCGGCCCUGGCUCGGGAGAGCUCUCCUACAGCAACAGCUCAAUUCCUCGCAGCAACACCACGCUCAGUGGAAGCUUUAUUUCGAAUUCCGCGUUUUUUGAGCUAACAAUCUAA